GGCUGUCAGUCAGAAGAACCGGGCGCUGAUUGGGCCCUGCCUCUAUGCUGAGCGGUAGCUGCCCGGGUCGAGGCGAUAUCGGUGAUGGGAAGGCGCGAUCAGGAAGCGCUGGUGCCCGGCGCGUGCUGCCUUUGUUUUACUGGCUCCCCCUCAGCCAGGGAGACGAGCUCAGGGUUCGCUGCGUAUCUUGAUAUCUUCUGGUAAUGGAGAGCGAAGUGUUGCUGAUUUCAAAAAUUUUCUAUGAAGUUGAGUAAGCAUUCUACAACAACUGUGAUAGGGGCAGUCCCAGGACACCCAGAGAAAUACGAAGAGAAAAGAAAAUACUUGGUGGUCAAGAGGAGUACUUCUGAAUAAAGGAAAGGAAUCUUAUGUUCUUAGAGAAGCCCAUAACACAUGACCAUAGAUGGCGCCUAAACCACUUGGGAAAUGGGAAAAGUAUGGAAAAAGAUACUGUCGAGAUUGGGAAAGGGAAACUGGAUUAAAAGAAUGGAUUCGAAGUAUACCUGGAGAUGACACAAAGGCAGCAUGCAAAUAUUGCGCAUGUGAAAUCCGAGCCCAUCAUAGUGAUUUGGUUGCACACAGUAAAACCAAAAAGCACAAGAGACAUGUUGCUUUAUUUUCAUGUUCUUCUGAUAUGAAAAAACAUUCAUUUGAAUUUGAAGUUGAAAACCAAAAUUCAUUUGACGAUGAUAUCACGCAAGCCAAAAUGGAUCAAUCUGUUAAUGUGUGCGCACUGAAGCUAGCGGCACACAUAGCUUGCAAUAUGAGCAUUUUUACAGUGGAUCAUCUAGGCUGCAUUAUUGGAGGGAUAGCAGAGAAAGACAUUAGUCUGCAUAGAACAAAAUGCUCCACACUGAUUAGAAAUGUCAUUGGGCCUACUGUACACGAAGAACUUCUGAGAGACAUUGGCAAUGGACACUAUUCGUUGAUCAUUGAUGAAAGUACAGAUGUAUCUGCACAAAAGCAACUUUGCUUGAUAGUAAGAUACUUUAGCAACAAGCUUAAAUGUAUUGUAUCAUCCUUUGCAGGGAUCAUUAAUUUGACUAGAAGUGGUACUAUCACAGAAGCCCUCUUGACAUUUCUAAAUGACAACAAGCUGAACAUAAAAAAGUGUGUUGGGAUUGCUGCUGAUGGUUUCAAUACAAGCUUAUGUGGAAAUAAAAAUUCAUUGCUCAAAAAGUUUUAUGAACUCAAUCCUUGUGGAGUUUUCAUCAAAUAUGUAAGUUACUCUCUCUAUUUGUGCUCUUCAAAAGCCAUUGAUGUGCUUCCAUUGAACAUAGAGUAUAUGGUUUCACGGACAUACUUGUGGUUUUCCCAUAGCACUUUCCACCAAAAGAGGUACCAUGAACUGUAUGCUGCCAUUAAUGUUGGAGAGAAUUUCCUGAAAAUACUGCAGCUUACUGAGACAAGAUGGCUGUCCAUUAGCCCUUGUAUUAACCGAGUACUUGAUCAGUAUGAAACUCUGAUGUUGCACUUUCAGUCUAUAAGAGACAGUGAAAGGGACUACAGUGCUGAGCUUCUCUAUCAAAUGUAUUCUGAUCCAGUAAAUAGACUCUAUCUCGUUUUUCUGCAGCCUCUUAUUCAGGAAGCUAAUAGGAUCAACAAGUUACUUCAAUUUGAAACAGUCAAUCCAGUUAAUCUUAUUGCUGAAUUAAUGCUGUUCUAUCAGAAUUUGGUGCAAAGAGUCAUGAAACCUUGUGUCUUUACAACAUGGUCAUCCAUUGUAAAUUAUGACAUUCACUGUAACAGGAACUACAUGCCUCUUUCAGAGGUUAACUUUGGAUCAGCGUUCCUGUCUGAAUUAAUAAAUGCAAAUCUUUCCUCACAUACGGUAGAGACCAUCCAAAGCAGAUGUCGAGAUUGUAUCCUUGAGUUUGCUAAGCAAAUAAAGCUCCGACUGCCUCCAAAUGUCCAUCAUCUAGAAUCUCUUAGUGCUCUGAACCCUUCAGUUGUUCUAAGUCCUACAAAACCUGAAUUCUCAACCCUGUCUUUCUUGUCCUUAUGUAGAGGGGAUCAUAUCAAGUUGAAACAGCAAUGGAGAAAUCUGGAUGCAGUCUCAUGGACAAACACAGAAGAUAGCCAAAUAGAACAGUUCUGGAUAGAAGUUGCAAAACACACAGAUGAAGUUGGUGAUAAGGAUUUUGUUGAGCUUGGAUUAUUUGCCCUUGCCCUUCUCACCUUGCCGUUCAGCACUGCAGCUGUGGAAUGUACAAUCUCACAAAUGAACUCGAUAAAAACCAAGUUAAAGAACAGACUGCAGGACAGCCUACUUGAAAAUAUCUUAAGGAUCAGGGCCCAUAUGCACCGAAAUAAGAUUUGCUGCAACCAGUUUCAGCCAUCCAAAGAGAUGAUAUCUUUGUUUAAUAAUGAGUUUUAUGCAAUUGCUAAUAGCAAGGAUGCUACAGAUGACUCUGAGGAGGAUAUAUUUUGAAAAGACUCAAGUGAAGAGGAUCUCUUUUAAAAAAGUAAGCAAGGACUUUCAAAAUGGCACAUUGCAAUUGAACUAUUUGACUCAUGCAUUUCAAAUUUUGUUCUAUCUACAAAUCUGUUUUCCCAUUCAUUUAGUAAGAACUGCUUUUCAUAGAGGAAGAUACAUUGCAUAAAGCCACACAACGCUUUUUAGAAAAAGAUUUUUGAAAAACUAAAGUAAAAUUAAUGAGGCAUGCUCUAAUAGUAAUUCAUUUGGUGGGGGGCACACUUGACUGAAGAUGCUGAUUAGACAGUGCACCAAAAACCCCUCCCCAUUAGCCUAUUAAUGUAAUACAGUCAUGGCAUAUUUUUAUAUUGAGUGAUACACAACAUAACACUACAUUUCUGUGCCUCAGUACAAUACUCAGUCAGGUGCCAGAUGGCUGGGUGAAGAUUAAAUAAAACCUGCUUUUUUAUAUAUGUUUUGGAGGGCACUACUCUUGAAUAAUUUGUACUUAGACUCUGUUAAGAGAUACUUCUAAGGGCAUUCUGUGCCAAAAAAUUCUACACCAAAAAAAUAAAAAUUCUGUGCACAAUA